AUGUCGAUCGAGAUCGACUAGACCAUUCUUAGAGGGAUAUUGGUCGAUCUUAUUAAAAAUGAAUGAUUAUACUAAUAUUUUUUGAUCACGCGCGGAAUCUUAAAGUUCAAUACUUAAACGAUAGAGUAAAGAAUAAAAACACCUUUACGCUUUAUAUACAAAGUAAAAUAUUUAUCAGCGAAAAAAAACAUAAAAUUUUCCGACGGAGAAAUAAUGAAAGAAGAAUAUUAUUAUGCUGCGUGUAAGAAUAUAAAUAAUGUUUAGUAUACCUAAACAAAUAGUGGUAGAUCACCACAUGCUUAAAAUGAUUAAUGUAACUCACUUGUUGGAAAAAGAUGGCGACCCCUGCUGUAUACAAUAACAUUACAUUACUUUGCAAUUCAGUUUAUCUUUUUAGGUAUUAUCCAUUUAUACAUCACUAUUUAUUUCAGUGUUAAAGUGUAUUUUUGAACGAGUGUGUUUAGGUAUUUCAUAAUUGUUUCUGUUAUAUAAAUUAACUUAGGUAUACGAGAAAUUUAAAAUCCGUCUGAAAUCAUUAAUUUCAUUCAAAAACGCUAUUAAAUUUAACUAUUAUAAAAAAAAAAAUGUAACCACUUAUUGCUAAAAGAAAAACGUACGAGGAACUUUAUACUACAUUUUAAGCUUUUUACUAGGAAAUAAAAAUUUGACUAUACUUACUUAAAUCAAAAAAAACUAAAAAAAAACUUUGAAAAUUAAAUAGAGCCAACACAAUUAGAAAUAUUAUGUCUAGAAAAUGCUAAUUAAUUUGAAAUAUAAUUUUGGUAAAAAAUAACAACAAAAACAAAAUUUGUUUUGUUGAAAUCUGGUUUUGCGUAAAAAGUCCUGUUUUUCCAUAAUAUUAUAUUUGAACGAUAUUGCAUAUUUUUAUUUCUGUCAGCAAUAAUUUAUUGUCAUUACUCAAUAUUGUGUCAGGUGCUAGUGUUGAACACUUCGACUUUCCUCUUUCACAGUAGUAAUUUAUUAGUGAUUACUAAUUAGGGUGGAACAAAAUGCCUGUUGUAGAUUCUAUAUAAUAUUAUUAUGAAAUCCAUAGUUGGGCAUGAAAACUUAAUAUUUAACAAUGAUCGAUAAAAUAAGACAAUAUUACCAAAUGUAUGACGUAAUACAAAUACCAUAAAUUAUCAUCCAAUCAGCAUCGAAAAACACUUUCCAGUAACGCCCUCCUUAUCAAAACUGGCUAUAAAUUAUGACCGGGAACGAAUAGCAUAUUUAAUAUAAUCGGCUGUAGGUCGUGUUAGUCGUGAACAUCAAAAAGUGCCUAAAAUCUAUAACAGCAGAAAUGACUCGUGAAUCAAUAGUAAGCAGUUACAAUACUGAAGAUGCAUUGGGGGACAGGCCAUUGGAAUUAGUUCAACCUACUAAUCAUGUCCACGAACACACAAUACAUCAUCAAAUAUUGGAGUUAAAAAAGCAACAACAACUUCAACAACAAUAUUUAUUGGAACAAUUCCAAGCUCAACAACAACAGUUAGCCGAGCAACACGAACAACAACUCCGGCAACAUCUUAAAACAUGUGUUAUGCAGGAUUUAUGGGAAAAAAAACGGGAACUUGAAGAAAAAGAACAGCGUGAAAAAAAGGAAGAAGAAAAAUUGGAAACCAUUAAAAAAAAAGAAAAACAUGAACAAAGUGCCAUUGCGUCAUCCGAAGUUAAACAAAUUUUACAGGGGUUUCUGCUGAGUAAAAAACAUCGAGAAGCAGCAUCAAGCAGCUCUAUACAAUCCCAACAAUCAUACCCUAGUUGGGGUAUCUUACAAUCUCAGCAGUCGGAACCAAACGUAAUGCCUAGUAGUUUAAGUCCAUCAUCCAGUGGGUCAAAUAUUACACCGUAUAGAUUUGUUGGGCGGUACGAAGAUGAUUUUCCUCUUAGAAAAACAGCGUCCGAACCGAAUUUGCUCAAAUCCAGAUUGAAACAGCGCAUGUUCGACAGACGUAACAAUCCAAUCGCACGGCCCAAAGAAAGAUUCAGCAACAGAGUGUCUAAGCUCGCAAUAGAGACAUCGCCGUCGGGUAGCACCCCCGGUUCUGGACCUAAUUCUCCUCCUAUACUCAUACCAAACUGUCGAAACUCACCUUCAACUGGAGCCACAACUCCAAUUAAAGAAGAAGGAGAAAUUUCAUUUGGACAUAUGACUAAUAAUAAAUCAGACCAAAGCAGUAGUGUUGCUGAUAUAUCUGCAUUAUAUACAAGUCCUUCAAUGCCUAAUAUAUCACUAGGUAGACCACCAUCAAAUUCGUUUAUUCGGUGUCUAUCAAAAUUAACGGAUUGGGAUGGAUCAAAAUUAUCGUCUGUUUCGGAAGCUGAAGUCCGUGCCGCAUUUACUGCAAGAUUAGGUGCACCACUUACAGGUCAAAUGUUGUCAAGUACAUUGCCAUAUUAUCCUACGCUUCCAGUAAUGGAUACAUCUCAAAGUUUCAUUCAAAAACAAAUGCGAAGUCUCGAGUCCAGACAAACUACUACUAUUCCAUCAUUUCAUCCUGCACCUAUUACUGAUACUCAAGUGGCACAUGCUAGGUUGAAUAAAGCUGGGCACAGACCACUGGGUCGUACACAGUCAGCACCGCUACCUCUUGGGCAUCCAAUGUUGAACAGCACUGUACCAGGUCAACAACUAAGUGUUCAUUAUGAAGAUUACGAAUUACCACUUCAACAACUUAGUACACAUUAUUUGAAACAACAAAUUCGUCAUACCGUUUUGACUCGAGCUGGAAGUCGGGCUCAUUUGGCUAAUAACAGUAGUUUAAUUAAUGAAGACCAAGAAGAUAAUGCAAAGGUGAUUGAUUUGACUGGUGGUCCAAGAACAUCCACAGAUAAUGGCUUGAAAAAUAAAAGUCAAUCAUUUUUACAACAACAACGUGACCUAAUGAUGCGACAAACAUCUCAAUCCAAUGAUAUUUCACUUUUAGCAAAUCGGAAUACACAUGUUACUCUCCCUUUAGUUCGAACAUAUUCCAGUCCUUUAGAUGCUACCGUAAGUACAGGAGGCAUUAACUCUGACACAUCUACAUCAUCAUCAUCACCAUACCUUUCAUCUACUAGCCUUAAUUCUUCUGGCACUAAACUAUCAGCUCCACACCGGCCUAAUACUGGUCUAGCAUUUGACAGUUUGAUGUUGAAACAUGCUUGCAAAUGUGGCAACAACGCUAUACAUCCAGAACAUAGUGGACGGCUUCAAAGUGUUUGGGCUCGAUUGAUUGAAACAGGAUUAGCUAGACGAUGUGAUAAGUUGAGACCACGCAAAGCUACAAUUGAAGAAUUACAGACAUGCCAUACUGAACCGCACACUCUUUUAUUUGGUACAAACCUUGCGAGUCGUCAAAAAAUGGAUAGUUCUAAAUUAGCAGAAUUGCCAGUAAAAGCAUUGGUACGAUUGCCUUGCGGUGGAUUAGGUGUAGAUUCUGACACUACAUGGAACGAAUUGCAUACAGCACCAGCUGCUCGUAUGGCUGUUGGUUGUGUUAUUGAUUUAGCUUUUAAAGCUGCCCUGGGUGAUAUAAAAAAUGGCUUUGCUAUUGUCCGUCCACCUGGGCAUCAUGCAGAAGCUAAUCAAGCUAUGGGAUUUUGUUUUUUUAAUUCAAUUGCUGUUGCUUGUCGUCUGUUACAACAAAGGCAAGCCGUACGACGUAUACUUAUUGUUGAUUGGGAUGUUCACCAUGGUAAUGGUACACAACAAAUUUUCUAUGACGAUAGAAGUGUUCUAUAUUUAUCUAUUCACCGACAUGAUGAGGGUAACUUCUUUCCAGGAACUGGUGCACCUGGUGAGUGUGGAGCUGGCAGUGGUCUAGGAUACAAUGUGAAUAUUGCAUGGAGUGGUGGUCUACAACCUCCACUAGGUGAUGCUGAGUAUUUAGCAGCUUUUCGGACAGUAGUAAUGCCUAUUGCUCGGGAUUAUGCUCCAGAAAUCAUCUUGGUAUCUGCUGGUUUUGAUGCGGCUUCAGGUCAUCCAGCUCCAUUGGGUGGAUAUAAUGUAACCCCUGCUUGUUUUGCUUACAUGACACAACAGUUAAUGCAAAUUGCAGAUGGAAAAGUAAUUUUAUCAUUAGAAGGAGGAUAUGAUCUGACUGCAAUAUGUGACAGUGCAGAAGAAUGUGUACGUGCACUGCUUGAGGAUGAAGUGACACCAAUCGUACAGUCUGAGCUUCAUCGGACCCCUUGUCAAAACGCCAUAAAAACUUUACAAAAAACCAUCGCAAUUCAAUUGCCUCACUGGCCUGUGUUAAAAAAACUAGCACACACAGUAUCGUGCAGUGCUGUGGAAGCUACUUUAUGUGAAGAAAAUGAAACAGUUAGUGCUAUGGCUUCAUUAUCAAUGACCAGGCAUAGAAUACAAAGUUCAGAACCUAGUGAAGAACCGAUGGAAGAAGACUGCGAGGAUGAUAAAUAGAUGUUCGUCUGGUCUAUUUUGAGCCAAUUAAUAACACUUUGUAUUAUUCAAUAUUGUUUCAUUGUGAAAUUUCACAUUGUAUGUAUAAUCUAACCUGUCAACAACUAAAAAAAAAUAGUCCCCUAUGCUGUGACUUUAAAAAGUUGUAUCGUGUAUAUUGUAUUAAAUACAGAAGUAUACGAGUUAAAUUACUAUUUAGAUCCUUAAAUAAUUUACGCAAUUGUUUGGUUAUCAAAUGAUCAAUUUUUUUUAAUAUUUUCAUUAUCCCUUCCCCAUAUGUAUAUUUAUAUAAAACAUUCCAAAUAAUAAUUCUUAACACAUAAAAUUAUUCCAAAAAUUAUGUUACCUGCGUCAUAACGUAAAGUAAAAUAUUGUUUAAAAUAUAUAUAUUUUUAAUUUGUUAUUGUUUUAAAUAUCUAUAUUAGUCUUAUUUGAACACAUAUUGAUAUAAAUAUAUAUAAUAUAUAUUAAAUGUUGUGAUAAAUGAUAAUUGUUAAUAUUUUAUUUUUUUUGGCCAGAUUUCAAUUCUGGACACCUUUAAAUAUAUUUUAUGUUUUGCCCUUUCUAUUUAUGUAAAUACCAAAUAUUAAUAAAUAUUGAGUUGGAGUUAUAUGUUUACUAGUCGUUUAUAAUAUAUAUUCAUGUAAUUAUAAUUAUAAUAAUUUAUCAUCAUUAUCAUUAUUAUAAUUACUAUUAUUAUUUUAUAAUUAUUACUUUCGUUAUGAUUAUUUAGUCUAUUUUAUAAAAAAAUAUUGGCUCUUGACGGUUCAACUUUUAAAUUUCAAAUUAUUGUUGUUAUUACAGAAUAUUUAUGGGAAUUAAUGUGUUAGUAUUUGUUGCAUAUAUAUAUAAUAUUUUAGUGAACGCCUUUCUUGUGGCUUUUUGAAAAUAGUAUUAUGAUAGUUUGAGAAUCCUGUUUAAACAUUUGAUGUGUAAUUCUUAUAGAUGUAUAAAUAUAUUAUUAUGAGGAUAAAUGUUAAAAUUGAUGUGAUAAUAUUUUGUUUUUAUUUUAAACUUAGUAUAGAUUAAAUAUACUUAAAUGGGCAACAUACAGAUUACUUUCUCGUAUUGUUUAUUAUUUUAAUAGUAGAUAUCAAUGUUAGAAAAGUUAGUAUUCUCCAAUAAAAAAAAAAAAAAUGAAAUUUGUUUGAAUUGUAUUCAUAUUCAUUGUAUAGCCUUCAAUGUGUAAUGAUAGUGUUGCCGAUUUAGGUUUAAUUAAUCCAUAAUAUACAUACAUUGUUAUUAUAGAGCGAGUGCAAGAAGAAAACUAGAAUUAAAAUCACAAAAAUAUUAAUUUAAUUUUUAAUUUUUUUCAUAAUGAUUAAAAGUAUAUUAUGUCAAUUAAUAAAUGCUUUAUUUUAUUAAUACUAAACUUUGGUGUAUAUUUUAAGAAUAAUAUUAUCAUUUAUCAGAUCACCUUGCAUUUUCUACAGUUGUGUGUAGUGGUUAUGAAUUUGUUUUAUUAUUAUGUGUACAGUGCUUAUUCUAAUUGUUAACUUUUGUUGUAUUCUUUCUUUUGUUACUGUUAAAAAAAAAUGGUAUUGCAUUAUGUUAAAUUCAUAUUUGUCCAAGUGAAGUAAAUGUUUUUUUUAAAUGUAAUAAUUAUCUUGACUUUGUAUGUUUUUCAUUUGAUUAUUAAUCGUGAAAUG